GCAAGACGCCUCAUCAACGAGUCCAUUCCUGCACCGGUUCAACAGCCUGUCUUGUCCAGACCUUAUGACCGGGCGAAGGUUAACUGUCCAGGAUUUGGCCGUUCCUUGUCCUUGUCCUGGUCCUGAGAGGUGGAGGGGUGGCCGGAGUUUGACAGUAGAAAUGAUGGAGUGGAAAGGGAAUUAGUCCCGAAGGAAAACAAAGACAAUAAAAAGUCUGGAAGUGAGAAAAGUAUGACAAGUGGAAAAGAGAUUCUGAGAAGAAGAGAAGAAGAAGAAGGAAAAAGAAAAGAAAAUCAGAAAAGGAAAAAAAAAGGUGUGGAUCUAAGGAAAAUAAAAAGAGAAAAAACUAAACAAUUGACGAGAUGUGGUGAAUUAUUGUUGUUGUUAGUUAGUUAGUUAUUUCCUCUUUCGUUUCUCUUGAUCUUGUUGUAUGUUAUUUUCUAUUUUGCUGGUUUCCGGCCCUUUUGGUAGUUCUCUGCAGGUAGAAGAGAGCUUGACGAGUUGGGCGCUUGCGAAACGCUGCUAAAGUGAGGCGCGGACGGAGGGAGAACGAGAACGAGACACUUCUGCGUGGAGGGACCGACGGACUCUCAAGGCUUAAGGCUUAAGCUCUCCUGGUCCGAGCGAUAGCGAACCUGGACGGGCUGGUCAGCGGAGAAGUUCUCGGCGGGAACGGAUGGGGGGAAGGGAGGAGAAAAUGGGUCGAUGGGGGGGCAGGAAGGCUGAAGCAU